AACAUGGGCGUCGAUGGGCGUGGGCGGCGUGACUGCGGACGAGUGCCUGUCCUGCAGAGCGAGUCCCUGCAGGCGCGUCACCGGCAUAUUCACCCGCCCGACGCUCCCUGUGGGCUACAACCUCAUUGCAAGGGUGCCGGCACGGGCGUGCAACCUGACUGUGAGCGAGAUGACCAGAUCGUCCAAUUUCUUGGCCAUAAGGACGGACCAAGGAUACAUUAUCAACGGCAAUUGGGCCGUAUUGCCUCCGGGCAGGUACAUGGGCGCUGGCACGGGCUUCUACUACAGCCACCCACGCCCACCAGCCGAGGGGGGGGAGGUCAUCCACGCCCCCGGACCCCUCGCCACCGACGUCGAUGUCAUGGUGAUCUACCAGGCCCCCAACCAGGGCGUGAGGUACGAGUACUGGCACCCCCUCGGCCCCACCUUCCCCCCCGCCCCCCGAGGCCCAGGUCGCGGCCCCGGGAGAGGCCACGCCGCCCACCCGCACUCGCAUCACGCCCAUCACACCCACAGUGGGCGUCACCGCGGCCCAGCUCCCCUUCAGGACGUCCAGCCGGCCUACGUAGCCCCGCCCACUUACUUCGACGAGCACCAAGUGGGCGUGGCUGACACGGGCGUCGUCCUCGCCUCCGCGACUCAGGGCGUGGGCGGCUACUUGGCGGAGGGCGGAGAGGCGGGCGCGGGCGGCCUCUCUCGCGCGGGCGGCCCAGAGGCGGGCAGGGGCGCGGCGCCGGCGUGGAAGGUGUGGAAGUUCACGCCCUGCUCGAGGACCUGCGGCGGAGGACAGCAGCAGACGGUGUACAUCUGUACGGGCGUGGGCGGCACCGUACUGACAGAGGACAGGUGCCAGGCGCCCAAACCACCGCCACAAACGGUACAUUGCAACCCACGACCCUGUCCGCCCGAGUGGCAGUUAGGUGAAUGGUCUCAGUGCUCCGUCACCUGCGGUACUGGCCUCAUGAAAAGAACCUGGGCAUGCGUCCAGGAGGUCACGCCUACCCUCAUCCGAGCUGUACCACCUGCCACCUGUCCUUCACCUGCCCUGCAAGCGAUUGUGCCCCUGACGCAGCCUUGUACUAUGGCCCCGUGCACGCGCUGGGAGGUCACGGCGUGGAGUCAGUGCUCCGUGGAGUGUGGCACCGGCCUCAAGUCCCGCCAGGUCACGUGCCGAGCGGAGGGCCGGAGAGUGCCAGACGAGCAGUGCAACGUCCAGGAGAAACCACCUAAGCAAGAGCUGUGCCACGGUCACACCUGCGCGCACCACACCUGGUUCUACACGGACUGGUCGGAGGAGUGCACGGGCGGCUGCGAGGACGGCGUGCAGACCCGGCGCGUGUGGUGCUCUCCGGGCGUGAACUCCGUGGAGGGCGAGUGCGACGAGACGCAGCGGCCGGCGGAGAGUAGGCCCUGCGCGCGCGCCGACGCCUGCGCCGCCGCCUGGUUCACGGGGCCCUGGACGCCGUGUUCCAAGGAAUGCGGGAAUGGGACGUCCACGCGAGAGGUCGUGUGCGUCGUGUUCCUCAGCGGGACCUUCAGGGCGACGCUUGACAUCGAGUGCAACCCUGAAUCUCGCCCGAACAGCACUCAACCUUGCAACCCUGAUGUGUGUCCGCCGCAUUGGUAUUACACCGACUGGUCUCCGUGUUCGCGGACGUGUGGUCGAGGAGCCAGCACAAGAGCCGUGCAAUGUCUCGACCAGGACCAGAGACCCUCCACUCGUUGCAUAAUUGCACAGAAGCCGCCAAUCACUCGCGCUUGCAACGGGCCGCCGUGUGUUGGGCCCUCGGGUACUAAAUAUACAGAACGGAACUGCGUCGACCGCUUCAUGAACUGCAAGCUCGUCCAGCAGGCCCGCCUCUGCCGCUAUUCCUACUACCGAGCCGUCUGCUGUGCUUCCUGCUUUUUACAGUAACUCCAGAGGGCCUUUUUAGCACCUGCAGAUCGUCCAGGAAGAAAAUGCGUCGGAGAUAGUGUGGCUCUUCCUUCCGUGUGUUUUAGAGUCUGCAAAGAACGCUGUGGUGAAUUCACUGAUCGAAAUGUUUCUUUAUGAUUGUUUUUAUUAUUGUGUUUAUCAGUAAUUUACCUUUUUUUCAGAUUUUCUUUUUUCUUUUUUUGGGGGGGAUAUCGUGUUCUACAUCGGAUUCUAAUCGUGAAUAUACAUUUAAAUCGGGUUUAUAUAUCGCUUUGGUAUCGGGAUUUCGUCAGAAUAUAAUCUCCAGCAAUGUACGGGACUCGGGAGGGGGGAGGGGGGAGAGGGUAUCCUAUGAAACACCUGUAUCUUGUAAAUAAGCCAAGAAGAACAGCUGCAUAACACCUCUAUCUUGCCAUUCUUGAGUAAUAAGUACGUCUUAUGUGUCAUUCUUGAGUGCAGAGACAACCAUACUCCUGUACUCCCUUACGAAACAUCUGUCUGUCAGCCAGUAGGAACAUCUGUAAUGGACAUACACCUAACCUUUCUAACCGAACAGAUGCACAUCAACAGGACAGCAAGAUUUUUUUAAACUAUUUUUUCUUCCUUUUCUUAUUUUUCCUAUGACUGCAUCACAUUUUGUAAAACUUUCUGUGUUCCUAAGUAUCAACAAACACUGAUAUAAGCUCUCUAUAUGAUAAUUUUAUAUAUAUAUUUCUAUAACCCCUCUCUAUGAAAAUAAUCAUUAAAACAAUAAUACCAGUCUUUAAAAAUAUCUUACUAAUGAAGCUUAAAAUCGAGACUCUUAUUGUUUCCAUAAGAGAUCCAUCUUUUUCAUAAUUGAUUCUCUUUUUGAACUAUAUAUAUCUUUUUUCUCACUCUUUCGUUAAGUUUAUGUCAACAGUGUCGUGUUAAGUUGCAGUAAUAAUGUGAUGUAAUGACCCAAGGUAACAUGUAACAUGGUAUAUUAAUAUAUGUAUAACAAAGAA